GCGUCUCUUAUUGGCAGUCCCACUUCAAACUCAUAGUAGAAGCAGCUAUGAAGAAGCUCAUUCUCUCUCAAGUUGGCCGCUACUGCCCACACGAACCAAAAGCAAAACCCUUCUCUUCAUUAUUCCACAGUAGGUAUCUCUCAACAUCUGAUUCAAAUCCUUUUGUCCCAAUUCAACCGGUAUCAUACCCGGUGAAGCCUAAAGAAGAGAAUAAAAAUGCAAAUGAAAAUGAAAAUCAAGAAUUAACACGGGAAGAUAUUCGAUAUGUGAAAGACGCAGUGUCCUCACAUCCAUCAACACGAGUUGCUCCCCUACCCGAGUAUAAAAAGGAGGCUCAGGAUCAAGAAAUAGAGGGAGAGACCAGAAAGAUUGAAGCUAUUCGAUUUAGGAGAGUUGUUGAAGAAGAGGAGACAGUAUCAGUGCCUUUUCCUAGAUUGAUUAAGCCUGUCAAGAAAGAAACAAGGCCUCUUUUUGAUUUGGCUGAUGCUAUUAAGCAACUCAAGGCCAAUGCCAGGACCACCUUUGAUGAAACUGUUGAAGCUCAUGUUCGAUUGGGCAUUCCUAAAUCUCGUUCUGACCUGAUUGUGCGUGGUACAUUGUCUCUGCCUCAUGGUGGUAAGAAGGUUCUUAGGAUAGCUGUCUUUGCUGAAGGAGCAGAUGCUGAUGAAGCUAGAGCCGCAGGAGCUGAUGUUGUUGGUGGUACUGAUCUUAUUGAUCAAAUUGCACGUGAUGGCAAGAUUGACUUUGACAAGUGUUUCACAACUACUCAAAUAUUUCCCCGUGUAGUAAAGUUAGCAAGGAUUCUUAAUCGUCAUGGACUGAUGCCAGAUGCUAAACAAGGAACCGUUGUCAAAGAUGUUUCUAGGGCUGUGAAACAAGCAAAAUUAAAUCAGAUUAAGUUUAAAAUGGACAAAACAUCAAUUGUGCAUGUGGGACUUGGAAAGGUCAGUUUCUCGGAGGAGUCUUUGCGUGAGAAUGUCGGUGCAUUUAUGAACGCAAUUUUACAAGCAAAGCCUGCUGGCCUAAAGAAGACUUCCAAAUAUGCUGGGUAUGUGAACACAGUCCAUAUAUGCAGCACGAUGGGACCAGGGUUCCCUGUUUCAAUACAGUCAUUAUCCAAAGCUGUAGAUCAUUACAACAAAGUUCAUCUAAAGUCGCCAGCAUAAAUCUAGCUCGACUCUCUCUCUCUCUCUCUCUCUCUCUCUCUUUUUCUCUUGUUGAGCAGUAGCUAGAAUCAGUAUAGGAGUGUCAUUUCAGUUUUGCCAUUCAUUUUGUUCUCAAUGCCUUGCUAUCCAAAGCAUUACUGACAUAUCGUUCCAAGUUCAAGCAGAUCCUAGAGUCUUUUCUUACCUUAAAAAAGGAAAGUACUAAUCUUCUUUAUAAGGUCAGCGCCAAGGCGCCACUGAUGUUGUACCAACUUUUUUUGCACGAUUAUCAUGGAAAAAUUCAAAGUGUUACUGUU